AUCCUUCUCUCUUUCUCUGUGCAGGCUCAGCACUCUGACUUGCCCUCACAGACACACAGCCGCACAGAGACCCGCUUCACCUUCGCCCUUUCUCCUCCUCCGACAAUGGGAAAAGGCGGAUCUCUCAGUGAUGGCGUCCUCAAGAAGAUCGUCCUCUCCUACGCCUACGUCGCCAUAUGGAUCUUCCUCAGCUUCACCGUCAUCGUCUACAACAAGUACAUUCUCGACCGCAAGAUGUACAAUUGGCCUUUUCCCAUUUCCCUCACCAUGAUUCACAUGUCCUUCUGUGCCUCCCUCGCCUUCCUCCUCGUCCGGGUCUUCAAGGUCGUCGAGCCCGUCUCUAUGUCCCGCGAGCUCUACAUCUCCUCCGUCGUCCCCAUCGGCGCCCUCUAUUCCCUCUCCCUCUGGCUAUCUAAUUCCGCCUACAUUUACCUCUCCGUCUCCUUCAUCCAAAUGCUCAAGGCCCUCAUGCCGGUCGCCGUCUAUUCCAUCGGCGUUCUCUUCAAGAAGGAAAACUUCAAGUCCGAUAUCAUGGCCAACAUGAUCUCGAUCUCCCUCGGAGUCGCCAUCGCUGCUUACGGCGAGGCCAAAUUUGAUACCUGGGGAGUCAUCCUUCAGCUCGGUGCCGUCGCUUUCGAGGCCACCAGGUUGGUCAUGAUCCAAAUCUUACUUACCUCUAAGGGGAUCUCCUUGAAUCCCAUCACUUCCCUGUAUUACGUUGCUCCUUGUUGUUUCGUCUUCUUGUCCUUGCCAUGGAUCUUUGUGGAGUACCCGGUGUUGAAGGAGACUUCUAGCUUCCAUUUCGAUUUUGCGAUCUUUGGGACCAAUUCUUUGUGUGCUUUCGCCUUGAACCUCGCCGUUUUCCUCCUUGUCGGAAAAACAUCUGCUUUGACCAUGAAUGUGGCCGGUGUGGUGAAGGAUUGGUUGUUGAUCGCUUUUUCUUGGUCGGUCAUCAAGGAUACUGUGACCCCCAUCAACUUGUUCGGCUAUGGACUGGCUUUUUUGGGAGUGGCAUACUACAACCAUUCGAAAUUGCAGGCUCUGAAGGCGAAGGAAGCUCAGAAGAAGGCUGCCCAGGCUGAUGAGGAGGCAGGCAGGUUGUUGGAGGACCGGGAAGGAGAUGGGACGGGAAAGAAGAACGAGCAGCAGAAUUAAAUUAGUUCGAUACCUCAUUUGGAAAAAAUGAAAAUGCAGAAGAAAGAAAAUGACACGAGGAAGAUUAUUGCUGAAUUUGUUUUUAAAGCAAAGGAAACUACGUGCUCUGUUCUUUUGGUAUCUUUUUGGACAGAUUUCCGAUUUGGUAUGUUGUUUAUUAAAAUCUUAUUGUUAUUAUUGGUGACCGUGGCUAGUUCGUUGUUGUAUCACAGAUUUGAGAUUAGUUUAUGUUUCCCAUAAAGACAAGCCAAUGUUGGUGGAGUCUCAAUUCCUUCUAUUUUUGGUCUCUUGCCCCUUGGGUCGAAUUAAUGUUCUUGUAGUAACAUUUUAUAUGGGAUUUAAAUGCUUCUGUAUUCAUAAUUUAUUUCCAUUGA